AUGGAGGUUUAUGUUGAUGACAUGCUCGUCAAGAGUCACACUGCUAACCAGCACAUCCCCAACCUCUCUGCCAUGUUCGCAAUUUUGAAGCAGUAUCGGAUGAGGCUUAAUCCCACCAAGUGUGCAUUUGGGGUGGCUUCCGGCAAAUUCCUUGGCUUCAUGAUCAGCCAAAGGGGUAUUGAGGCCAACCCGGAAAAGAUCCAGACCAUUUUAGACAUGAUGAUACCCAAGACAGUCAAGGACAUUCAGAGCUUUACCGGGCGUGUCGCGGCCCUUACCAGAUUUAUCUAUAAGGCCACUGAUCGGCGCCCCAUUCUUCAAGGAUGUGGAGCCGGCCUCGUUCUCAUCUCCCCAGACAAAGUUGUCCUUGAGUACGCCCUCCACUUCAAAUUCCACGCCUCCAACAAUGAGGCCGAAUACGAAGCACUCUUAGCUGGCCUUCGACUAGCAAAAGAGAUGGGCGCCAAGCAAGUUCAGAUAUUCAUCGACUCACAGCUUGUUGUCCAUCAAGUCAACCAGGACUUCACGGCUAAGGACAUCUCCAUGACAAUGUACCUCCAACAUACCCGACACUUGCUUGAAACUUUCGACACUCAUCUUAUGAGCCAGGUGCCACGCUCUGAGAAUAGCCAUGUUGAUGCAUUAGCAAGGCUAGCCUCGGAAUUAGAGCAGGGCAUAUGUCGUAAUAUCCACAUCGAGUUCUUGGACCAGCCCAGCACACGGGCACCACUCAUCUGUGUCAUCGAUCACAGCCUUACAUGGAUGAACCCCAUCACUUAG